GCAGCUUUGCCAUUUUUAGGUGCAAAGGCCAAGCUGUUUGGAGCAGCCGUGGUGUUUUUGCAGAAGCAAGGGUCAGCGACUGGAUGCUUCCCUGUUGUUUGCAGUGAAAAAAUGGCUGAUUUCUGCAGGAGGCUCUGGGUUCUCCAGGCAAACCUCUGGCUGAUGGCCCUGGCUGCAGGUGGGAUCUCAGCAUUCGGGAACAGCACCAGUAACAGCACAGGCAAUGGGUGCCGAAAGCUGCACCAGCACCCGCGCUACGUGGCGGCCAAGAGGAACACACCCAUCAGCUUCAUCUGCUACACCCCAGAGCCCCAGAGCAUGCAGUGGUACAAGACGGUGGAGGGCAGCGAUCAGGUCUACGUGAGGGACCAGAACACCUCCCGCUUCAGCGUCGAGAGGACAGAAAACUUCAUCAACUUCACUAUCUUCGGGAUCAGAUACGAGGACAACGGCAUCUACGCGUGCGACAGGAAGAACCUCAAGUCGGAGAACAAGCGGCCGCACAUGUGCGGGACGGAGCUCAGGGUCAUGGGUCACAGCAACAUCCAGCAGAUCCGGAGCAGGAACACCCUGAAAGAUGCCAUCAUCAUCAUCCAGUCCAUCCUGCUGGUCGUCUUCAUCAGCGUCCCCAUGCUCCUCUUCCUAGACAAGGGUGAAGGCAAAGAGAGCCCUGAGGAGGACCACACCUAUGAGGGUCUGGAGGUGGAGCAGAUGGCCACCUACGAGGACAUCACUCCUUUCCGUGACGUGAAGGCCAAAUGGACAGUCGGGGAACACCCAGGGGAGGAGUGAGGGGUCUCACACCCACCGCCAGGCCAGCACCGGUGGCAUCGCUCCCUGCCAGCACCACACCAGUGCCCCGUGGGGACAGGCACCCAGGUCCCGAUCUGCCACCAUGGACCUUCAGCUGCCUCCAGCAGCCCUGCACAGAGCUCGAGCCUUGCUGCCCUUCGGUGCUCGCUGCGCUCCCCAAGACUGUCCUAUCCCGGCUGCUGAACCCCUAAAGCCCAUGUAGAUAUUAGGAGCCAACCCCAGCCCCCUGGUCACCAGCAGCCCCGAUCCCCAGGCAGCCCCACACCUUGCUCUGAGCUCCUGCGUGGCCAACACAACGGCAGUGCGGUGCUGGGUGCUGGGGCUCCUCCGUCCCCACCACCUCCUGGAAGGAGAGGACCAUGCUUGAUCACUCCCCGUGCUGCAAGGACCCUUGUGGGCUGUGAGACCCCGCUGUGGGCCCUGUAAUCCUGGCAGUGGAGCCAAGGUGAGCAGAACUAUUGGGGUGUUUUAAAUAGAUUUGGGGCCACUGUUUAGCUCUCAAGCCAUAGACGUGCCCAGCAGGCCAAGCUGGAAGUUGUACAAGCUGGAAGAUCCUCUGAAAGUGCCUCGUUCUCUCCAAAGACUACAGAAAAGCUGGGGAGGCAGCCCAGUCCUGGAGGGUCUUGCACAGGGCUUGCUCCUCACCAGGCAAGAGCUGGCCUGUGUCAGAAGGAUGUUCCCUUGGAGAGGGACAAGUGCAACCUCAGAACCUAUGGGAAAGAUUUAAAGUGUGGGACACAGAUGUACGACUGCUUUUUCAAGCCAUAAUAAAGGUAAUGGGUAAAUUCACAUCCUGCACCUCCUGUUCCAGACAUCCAAGCUGCGUCCUGCUGUGCCUGAUCCAGGGGUGUCCUCAGUGCCGCAUCCUGGUGCCACCCCACUAUAACCCUGGUGCCAGGGUCUGUGGGAUGUCUGGGAACGAGCAGCAGCUUUCUGUGGGUUCUGCUCAGGCAGCUGGAAACCAAAUUUCACCCCUUCAGGGCCCCAAGUGCAGGCAGGGAUGUGAAGUUGAGAGCAGCUGUGGGCUCUGCUGGAAGCCCCAGCUGAGCACUCACAGGGGGACCACCGCGGCCCCAAGACGUCAGUGAUGAGCUUGGGACGAGACAAAAACCACCGCCAGGAACCGAAGCAGGAGGAACAGGGCCCCAUGCCAGGAACAAAGAGCUGAGCUCUGCUCCAGCUACAUGUGCUCUUGCAAGAAAAGCUAGAAAACAUCUGGAGAGGAGCAGAACGGCACUAAUUGGUUCUGUUAAUAAAAACUGUUUUGGCGCGGCAGCAGCAGGCGUGCGGGUGACGGGGCUCAGGGCUGGCUGGGCACACAGCACCGGGGCUUUCACUGCCGGGGGGGUCCCCGGAGGCGUGGGGAGCCCAUCACGGUGGGUUUGACAGGAUGAAGCUGGACAAGGCAGGACACCGGGGUGACGGGCAAUGGGGGAGGGGGGGUGACAACAACUGUGAGGCUGAAAGAUGAGACCUCCCCAAGUCAUGGACAGCCAGCAAAAAAAAAAACUAGGGUAAAAUUACGAGCAAAUAGGGAACAGGCUGGUUCUUGUUUACUGGUAAAUCAGCUUAAUGGAAAACUGGGAUUCAAUCUAAAUAGCACAAAAACAGCAUUUUAAGGUUGUUUUUUAUUAGUUAAAUAAGCUGUCCUAAACUGGCUAAAUAUACAUGUAUUUAAAUGUUACUUAAACACGUCUUACUUGUAAAUUUGAUUAACUGAAGGAGUACUCACAGUGAGGGAAGUGAAUUCCUGGUUUCCAUGUUUGCCAAGAUUUUAGAACUAGCAGGGCUCAUCCCUCCAUGCCUUGUUUUCAGCUACAAAAUGGGAGAGGAAGGCAAAUUUUCCGGCCUUCCCAAUUCCCAACUGGUUUCUCAGCUCUGUGUAAACAACUCACUUAACCGAAUCACACGAAGUAUGGAGAAUUUGCUGUUUCCAGCUGUAGAGGAAGCAAUGUCAAAAGCAGUUUCAGUGACCCCAGUUCCGCUCUGCCGCUUGGCUACUCUCUUAGCCCAGGGCCUUAGCUUCCUUUAAAAUGCCAGAAGCAAAUAAGUAUUUCUGUAUUGCUAGGGUUUUACUUUAAUUGCUUAGAUUAGUUUCUGGGGAGUACAGAGAUGGGUUUUAAUUUUAUAUUGAAAUAGGCUUGUAUUUAAAAUGCACUCAGUGUAAUUAAAUACAUUUCAAUAUA